CAGUUUAGCCGGUUGAUGAUGAUGUGAGAAACAGCUCGAGGUGCAGAAGAGCAGCACAGAUAACAGGAAAAGGCACUUGUGUUAUCUGAAUGGCUGCAAAGGACACAGCAGGAGAGGACACCAAGGAGUUGAAUGUUUCUCUACUGGAUCCUGAAAUUUAUGGACCCCAUGAAUCAACCAAAGAGGAGUUGGAGGACCAAAACCUGUGGCCGAGAUCCCUGGCUCAAAAAUGGAUCCUUAUGUUGUUUCUGGGCACCUGCCUCCUCUACUGUGCCCGGAUGACCAUGCCAGUCUGUGCAGUCUCAAUGGCAGCCACUUUUCAGUGGAGUAAAAUCGACUCUGGCCUUGUCCUGGGUGGAUUCUUCUGGGGAUACUGUUUCACUCAGAUCCUGGGAGGACAUAUCAGUGACAAAGUGGGAGGGGAGAGCAUCCUGAUUAUCUCUGCAGCUUCAUGGGCUCUGGUCACAGCUGCUACUCCCUUACUGGCUCAUCUUGGCUCGCAUACCCUCGCUCUCAUGACUGUGACCAGAAUUCUGAUGGGACUUUUUCAGGGGGUUUUUUUCCCAUCUUUGGCAAGCCUGUGCUCACAGCGAGUGGUGGAAGGGGAGAAAGGCUUUCUAAUGAGCACCAUGCACAGUGGUAGUCAUCUUGGAACAUUGCUAGCAGGUGGGAUGGGGUCCCUGAUGCUUGACUGGUACGGAUGGGAAAGCAUGUUCUACAGUACUGGUUUCCUGUCUGGACUCUGGGCACUCGUAGUUUGGCUGUAUUUAUUAAAAAAUGAUGUGACUCAGAAGCAGAAGAAAUCAAACAAUUACUCCCAAUCAUGUCUGUCAAGAAAGCGUUGGUCGAGUUUUUGUAAAAAGCCCGCUAUCUGGGCCAUGGUGUUUGCUCACAUGUGCAUAAGCAGCACGUCCUACAUUCUGUUGUCAUGGCUCCCAACAUACUUUAAAGAAUCAUUUCCUCAUGCCACGGCAUGGGUGUACAAUGUAAUCCCUUGGCUUACUGCAAUUUUAUCAGCCCUUGGUGGAGGAUAUUUUUCAGAUUUCCUCAUCACCAGAGGACAUGGUGUAGCAUUUGUGAGAAAAUUAAUGCAGUUCUGUGCCAUGGGUGUAUCCAGUAUGUUUAUCAUACCUCUGUUGGGAGCUGUUUCGUUCACCUCUGCUGUGAUCUUUGUUUCUGCUGCAGUUGGUGUAUCCACUUUUACCAGCAGUGGUGUGUCUGUGAAUGUACAAGAUCUGGCUCCAUCAUGUGCAGGUGCUCUCUACGGUUUCAUGAAUAUGAUGGCCGCCUUGAUGGGACUGGUGUUAGUGUCCUUCUCAGGCUACCUGAUUGAGGUCACCCUGUCAUGGGCCACAGUCUUCUCUCUCAUCACUUUAGUAAAUGUCACUGGUCUAGGGAUUUUCCUCAUCUUUGGAGAUGCACAACGUGUCGACCUGAGGAAAAAUUGCCAGACAAAGUUAUCCGUUGUUUAAUUUUUCUAUGGGCAGUUUAAUAAUUAUAACAACAAUAUAUAAAUUCUACACAGCAACACAUUAAAGUGUUCAUCUGGGACUGAUGCCAUUUUAAAUGCUCUUUGAGUGUGUUUUCCUUAAAAACACACACACACACACACAUGUGGAAGUCCUGUAGACUUGAAAUGAAGGAACUUAUGUCUUU